UUUCUAAAAAAAUACUGAUUAUAAAGACCGCUUAAGUGGAGAAAAAAAGAGAGAAAAGGUCGUGGGUUUCAUCCUCUCUGGCGGCCUCCACGGCGCUGUGAGAGGAGUGUAUAGCUCUAGGGUUUCCUUGUUUGCUGUGUGCAGUUUCUUCCGGACAAGUGUUUUACCAUCGUGAUUUAAGGUGAGGAGGGGUGAAAAGAUUUGUUUUGAGCGCCGGUGAUAUCUCUUGUGGUCUUCAGAGUCGAUUUGGAGUGUUGGUUCAGAUCUAGUACGGCGAGGUUGUGAUUUGGAGCUCUGGUCCCCUUCGAUUCAGAUCUGGGUUUGUUACCUAGGGUUUGGUCGUUUUGGUACUGUAGUAGUUUUUGGCUGCUGAUUUGAUCUUUUGACUUUCUUUUCGUUGUCUUCAUCUCUUGUUCCUAUUUCGUUGGAGGUCUAUAGUGAUGGCUUGUCCUUUUUUUCUUGUUGGCUUGGUAGUUCGUUUGAGCCUUGUUGGUUUAGGAUUUGGGUGGGUUGUCUCUGUUAUGAGCAUGGGUUCGAUGGCAAGACGGAGCUUGGACUUCAGGUGCAGUCUCCUUUUCCUAUUGUGGUAGUAGCAGUGUUCUCUUGCCGGUCCAGGUGUAAAGGAGCCUAAAAAAAUGUGUUCCAGCCGUAUUGAGAGUUAUGUGGAGCGUGAAGCGCUCAGGCUUUUCGGGUUGUGAAGUCCUGGUUUUAGGUUUCUAGUUGGGGAUGGUAUCGUUUGGCCGGCUGUAAGCGGCAGCGAUAGAUCCGAGAUGAGAAGACUUGGUGUCUUCGGUUCUAGAAGUGGAAGGUAUCGUACGGCGGGCUAAGGGCAGCUACGAUAUAUCCAGAUCAUUGAUAUCUAUUACGUGGGAACAUUGGUUAUGCUGAAUCGUCUUUUAACUUUGUGUAGCUCGUUUUUGUUGGUUAUGUUUUAGUUGCGGUUCCUAGCUUAGGUUUCGUUCCGUGUUUAUGUUGUAUUUGAAAGUUGUUCCAGUGUGGGUUCUAACUGUCUUUCUUUGGGUUUUUGUUUCUGAGGAUUUUAUGAUAUCCGCCAGCAUCGCUAGCAAAACUUGUGUUCUAACGUUUAAUGAAUAUCAUCAAUUCAGAGGGAAAAAAAAAAAAAAGACCGCUUAAGUAUAUUGGCUAGAGAGAGGAGUGAGAAUUUGCUCUCAAGGAACCCCAAGUGGGUUAAAGUCUUCUGUCGGUAGAAAGAGUUUUUUAAUUCGUCUUUGGUGAGUGGAGGUGGUUAAAACACGUUUUUAUUUACCUCUUCUUAUCCUCUUUUACGGAAUUCAAGUGGUUUUGCUCAAAAAUCAAGAUUUUUUGAGUGUUUCUGAAAGCUGUUCUUCAAGUCUGUUUUUUAAGUCUGGGUAGCUGGAAAAAAUAACUUCUAUUGGUACUUAACCUAUCUGCCGGAAAAGAUGUCUAUUGCUAUGGAUAGGGCUUUAAUGGCUCUGUCUCUGGAAGAAGAAGAAGAAGAGCCCUUCACUAUGCCAGAUCGUCUGGGCUUCACUUCUGUCGAGGAAAAUCGCCUUAGUCUCAUGGGGAGAACCUUGAAUCCGGAGUGUCAGCGUAUGUCUGGGCUUAUAACUACUAUGCCUCGCAAAUGGCAAAAGGAAGGGAAAGUCAGGGGUAUAGCUUUAUCCCAAGAAAGGUUCCAGUUCAUCUUCAACACUGAACAUGACCUUCUGGACGUACUGGAAAAAGGUGUACAAACCUUUAAUGAAUGGCCGAUGGUGCUGGAACGCUGGGUUGAGAACCCGCCGGAGGAUUAUCUCCAGUAUUUUCCUCUGUGGGUAAGGAUCAGUCAUAUACCAGAGGAAUACUACACAAUAGAGGCGUUAACUACCCUGGGUGAUAUGAUUGGAAAAGUGAGAGUUGUGGCUUUUGACCCCCUGAAGCCGGUUACGCAGCCGUACAUCCGGGUCCAAGUUAUCUUCAACGUCGCUAAUCCGCUGAGAAUGGCUAGAGUCAUAAAUCGCAAGGGAGGAAAGUCGGCCACCAUUCACUUUGAUUAUGAACAGGUUCAGAAGAGAUGCUUCACGUGCAAGCGCCUCAAUCAUGAAAAGACAAUAUGUCCAAUUGAAGUGAGGAAACGUCAAGCUGAAGCCCAAGCGAGGAGAAACAAAGCUAAAAUGGUGGCUCCUCCUACUCCCGUGACCCUAACCAAGGAUGACCCUCUCUUUGGCAUCUUGGAUGAGUCGCAGGUGGGUCUGGAUCCACUCUCAGGAAGACCAAAAAUUGCUAAAGAAGUACUUCAGGAAAUGAGAAGAUACAUGGUUGCGAACACAGGGGAAGACAGAGCCAUCAAAAUGGACAGAGUGAGGUCUACGGUUAGAGAAGCUGAAUCAGAUCCAAGAGCUCAGAGGACUGUGCUUCGCCUUGAAGUUCCCCCCAUUGUAACAAGUGACCUUAACAGAGGAAAAGACUUGGUGUUUGACUAUGGAGACAAAGGCCAGAAGAAGGUCUCUUUCGAGCUAAAUGAAAAGCCAGAAAAGCUCAUGGCGGGGGCUAUCAAAGCUUUCAAACCCCAGUUCGUCUCAAGUGAUCCUAUACUUGGGAUUGGCCACUCAGAUGCAAGCAAUGUAGCCAGUGUACAGAGGUCCUAUUCUGAUAGUCCUACGGUUUUCCAAAUAGGUUCUAUGGAGCCUGGAUCUUCCGGGACUAUCACCAGGAAACAGUACGUGAGGCGCCGGCCUCCAAAAGGAAUCAGAAAGGCAGCGGCUCUGGCUUUGAUGGACCAAUCUCAGGAAGAUGUGGAAGAUAGGAGGGAAGGUAAGCAGGAGGUAGGAAGCAAAAAGAGAAAGAAGAUGGAGUCAGGAACGGGUGGAAGGUCUACCCCUAAGGCGCAAUGCCUUACGACGAUCCCAAGUGAGGGAUUGUCCAAAGACCAAUGAGCAUUAUGAGCUGGAAUUGCCAGGGCUUGGGGCGGCCUCAAGGUCUGACAAUUCAUCGUCUCCGGGAGAUGCGUAGAAAACACUUUCCGGAGAUUCUGUUUUUGAUGGAAACUAAACAUUGUCGAGAUGAUCUAGUAGAUAUUCAGGUGUGGUUGGGUUAUGAUCGUGUAUAUACUGUUAACCCGGAAGGCUUCAGCGGAGGUCUGGCCCUUUUUUGUAAGAAAAACUUAAAGAUGGAGGUUAAAUUUGCGGAUAAAAAUAUGAUAGACUGUUUGGUUCAGUUUGGAGAAAUCACUUUUUUCCUCUCUUGUAUAUAUGGCGAACCCGCCACUGAGGGGCGUGAUGCUGUGUGGGAAAGACUCAAUCGUUUUGGUACCAACAGGAAAGAACCAUGGUGCCUUAUCGGGGAUUUCAACGAGAUACUUAGUAAUGAAGAAAAGACG